UGGCGGAUAUCCUCCCUUCGGAGUUUGAUGUGAUCGUGAUAGGGACGGGCACUUACUGAUGGAAAAGUAUGCCUUUUCUGCUCUCAACACCUAGAAAAGUAAGGAGAGUAAAGUCAACCCAAUUCUUCAGAGAGAGCUGCAUCUGUUACCCAAGUUCCUUUGGUUUGCCUGAAUCCAUCUUUGCAGCUGCAUGUUCAAGGAGUGGCCAGAGGGUUCUGCAUGUUGAUUCAAGAAGCUACUAUGGAGGUAACUGGGCCAGUUUUAGCUUUUCAGGACUGUUAUCCUGGAUAAAGGAAUAUCAGGAAAACAGUGACAUUGUAAUUGAAAGUUCCACAUGGCAAGAGCAGAUCCUUGAAAAUGAAGAAGCCAUUGCUCUCAGUAAGAAGAACAAAACAAUUAAAAAUGUGGAAGUAUUUUGUUAUGCCAGUCAGAAUUUUCAGGAAGAUAUUGAAGAAACUGGUGCACUGCAGAAAAACCAUGCUUCUGUGACAUCUGCAAAUUUCUCAGAAGCUGCAGAUCCUAACUGCCUGCCUACAGAAGAUGAAUCAUUAAGCACUCUGAGCUGUGAGGUGCCUGCAGAACAAACAAGCAGUGAAACAGAGAUUGCCCUAGAAGUAAAUGAUGCUGAAGAGACAGGGGAGAAAGGAAGCUAUAGUGAUGAUAAAACUUCAGAAGAGGAAACAAGUGAAAAUGUGUCUACAGCAGAGGACACUACAGAGCAACCAAAGAAAAAUAGGAUUGCUUACUCUCAGAUUAUUAAAGAAGGCAGGAGAUUUAAUAUUGAUUUAGUAUCAAAAUUACUAUAUUCUCGGGGUUUGCUAAUUGAUCUUCUAAUCAAAUCUAAUGUUAGUCGAUAUGCAGAGUUUAAAAAUAUUACCAGGAUUCUUGCAUUUCGAGAAGGAAGAGUGGAACAGGUUCCUUGUUCCAGAGCAGAUGUCUUUAAUAACAAACAACUCACUGUGAUAGAAAAACGAAUGCUAAUGAAAUUUCUUACAUUUUGUAUGGAAUAUGAGAAACAUCCUGAUGAAUAUAAAGCCUAUGAGAAAAUAACAUUUUCUGAAUUUUUAAAAACUCAAAAACUAACACCCAACCUCCAGUAUUUUGUGCUGCAUUCAAUUGCAAUGACAUCAGAAACAACCAGCAGUACGAUAGAUGGUCUCAAAGCUACCAAAAACUUUCUUCACUGUCUUGGACGAUAUGGAAACACUCCUUUUUUGUUUCCUUUGUAUGGUCAAGGAGAACUCCCCCAGUGUUUUUGCAGGAUGUGUGCUGUGUUUGGGGGAAUCUAUUGUCUUCGCCAUUCUGUACAGUGCCUUGUAGUGGAGAAAGAAUCCAGAAAAUGUAAAGCAAUCAUAGAUCAGUUUGGUCAGAGAAUAAACUCUAAGCAUUUCCUUGUGGAGGACAGUUACUUUUCUGAGAACACGUGCUCACAUGUGCAAUACAGGCAAAUCUCCAGGGCAGUCCUAAUUACAGAUAGGUCUGUACUAAAACCAGAUUCAGAUCAACAGAUUUCCAUUUUGACAGUACCAUUAGAGGAGCCAAAAACUUUUGUAGUUCGGGUCAUUGAGUUAUGUUCUUCAACAAUGACAUGCAUGAAAGGCACCUAUUUAGUUCAUUUGACUUGCACAUCUUUUAAAACAGCAAAAGAAGAUUUAGAACCAGUUGUGCAGAAAUUGUUUAUUCCAUAUACCGAAAUGGAGAUAGAAAAUGAAGACAUUGAGAAGCCAAGAAUUCUAUGGGCUCUCUACUUCAAUAUGAGAGAUUCUUCAGAAGUCAGCAGGGACUGUUACAAUGAUUUACCACCCAAUAUUUAUGUCUGCUCUGGCCCAGACUGUGGUUUAGGAAAUGAUAAUGCAGUCAAACAGGCUGAAAAACUUUUCCAGCAAAUCUUCCCCAAUGAAGAUUUCUGUCCAGCCCCACCAAAUCCUGAGGAUAUUGUUCUUGAUGAAGACAGUUUACAACCAGAAGCUGCAGAAUCCAGUGCCAUGCCAGAGGCCAAUACAGAGACUCCCAAGGGAAGCACAAGCCUUGGAAACCCAGAGAAGCCCUCUGAAUAAUGGAUAUAUACCAAACUUCAUACCUUAUUUUGGAAAUCCUUACUGGCCUCAGAAUCUUAUUGAUACAGGGAGUGUUUGAAAAAUAUUAGAAAACAGCCAGUUUACAUGCAGAAUUAUAAGAAACAUCACAGAAAUCCAAAAGGAGACUUAAUAACCAAAUUCAGUCAAGUAGCUGGUUACAAGAUAAACACACAAAAAUCAGUAGCUUUCCUCUGCAUGACUGACAGACUCACUGAGAGAGAAAUAGGGCAAAUAAUUCCUUUCACAAUGGCAUCCAAAAAACUGAAAUACCUAGGAAUCAUCCUAACGAAAGAAA